UUUAUAAUCAAAAUCAAAACAGUUGUUGGGCCCGCCAAAACCACGUGUAUCAUUUGUUUUUUGUUGUAUUUAUAAAUUUAUUAUUGAAUAAUAAUAAUUAAUAAUGGGCAGAGGAAGAAGAAAUAAGCCUAAGAAAAAUUUCGCUGAAAAAAGACGUGAAAAAUUACAAAACAAAGGGCAGGACAAAAGAUCUCAGGGUCGGUACAAUGACAUCAUCAGGGAGAAUAAAGAUUUUGAGACGUAUUAUAAAGCUCAGAAAGUUAUACCUGAAGGCCAAUGGGAUUCAUUUAUAACGACGAUGAGAGAAAAUUUGCCGGCAGCUUUUCGUAUUACCGGGUCGCAGACCGAAGCCAAAACGCUGCUGAAAAUAAUAAAAGGCGAUUUUUUUGAAGAGAUUUUGAAUAUGAAACUAGAGGGUGAUAAUGAAGUCGCUGAUGACACGGAAAAAAUGCGUCCCCAGUCAUUGCCAUUUUAUCCUGAGGGUCUGGCUUGGCAACUGAAGCUCACGCGUAAAGAUAUCAGACGCUCUGAGGCGUACUUCAGGUUACACAAUUUUUUAAUUGCUGAAACAAACAGUGGAAGUAUCAGCAGACAAGAAGUUGUCAGUAUGAUACCACCUUUGGUGCUGGAUGUCAAGCCGUGGCACAAAGUUCUUGACAUGUGCGCUGCACCAGGAUCAAAAACAGCUCAAUUGAUUGAGAUGAUUCACGCUGAUGAGGCUGUCUCCCAUCCAAAAGGUUUUGUUGUCGCGAAUGAUGUUGAUAAUAACCGAUGUUACAUGCUGGUGCAUCAAGCUAAAAGACUUAAUAGUCCUAAUAUUCUUAUUACUAAUCAGGAUUCAUCCAUUAUGCCUAAUUUUAAAGUCACUAAUCCAGAUGGAACCCUAGGAAUAUUGAAGUUUGAUAGAAUACUUGCUGAUGUUCCUUGCAGCGGAGAUGGAACUAUGAGGAAAAAUCCAGACAUUUGGUGCAAGUGGUCACCAGCUAAUGGAAAUAAUUUGCAUGGAAUCCAAUACCGGAUUGUAAAAAGAGGACUAGAGAUGCUGGCUGUUGGUGGCAAGUUGGUUUACUCAACUUGCUCAUUGAAUCCUGUGGAAAAUGAAGCUGUCCUUCAUCGUAUUCUUGCGGAAACUGGUGAUUCCGUCCAGCUGGUUGAUGGCAGGGACCUAGUACCUGGGCUUAAGUUCAAUCCUGGUGUCAGUACCUGGCUACUGGGCUCUAAAGACGUUCAGUUUUAUAAAUCGUGGGAGGAAGUACCUGAAAACUGGCACACACAAAUAAGACCCAAAAUGUUUCCACCUAAUCCUGAAGAUGCUGAAAAGUAUCACCUUGAAAGGUGUAUGAGGAUACUGCCUCAUCAUCAGGACACCGGCGGGUUCUUUGUUGCGCUGCUGGAAAAAGUAAAACCGCUACCUUGGGAAAGUGAAUCUUCGGUUGUUAAUCCGGGAUCGUUUAAUAAAAUUAAGGAGAAGAAUGGAGAGUCUAGUUUGGAGAAAGACAGUGAAGAGAAAGAGGUGGUGAAGAACCAAGAAGAGAGUCAAGUAGAGACAGAAAAGAAUGACAACAACAAACGUAAUUUAGAGGAGCAAAAUAAAACUGCGGGUCCUGAUAGGAAGCGUAAGAGAAUUAUUGGAUACCGUGAGGAUCCAUUUGUCUUCUUCAAGGACGAAAAAGAAGAUGUUUGGGCUUCCAUUAAGAAAUUUUAUGAUAUAUCCGACGAACUAGAUCCUCGCUGCCUCUAUGUCAGGUGUCACGAGGGCAAAAAAAAGAAUAUUUACUUUACAUCUCCGGAAAUUCGCGAUAUUAUUUUACUAAAUGAACAUCAAGUGAAGAUGAUCAACACCGGAGUUAAAACAUUUGUCCGCUGUGACAACAGAAAUAUGAAAUGCGCUUUCCGAAUGGCACAGGAAGGAAUGCAGAGUGUUAUCUCAUAUAUAAGCGAUAACCGCAAAGUUAAAGUUACAAGAGAUGACUUGAUAAUGCUUUUACAAAACAAUAAUCCUCAGAAGCCUCCGGAAAUAGAGAAGUUGAGUGAAAAAACUCAGGAACGACUUAAGAGUGUUGAUGCUGGCAGCUGUGUUUUGAUGUAUGAAGAAGACAGUUCUCCAGAUUCACUAAAAUUACACCUUGUGGGCUGGAGAGGAACGAUGUCAUUGAGAGCUUACGUUCCUGUGUGCGACACAAUCCAUUAUUUGCGUUUACUUGGCGCCGACUGCUCACAAUUCGAAGUUAAUAAGUUUGAACAAAAUAGGAUCGCUAAUAAGAUUAAUGAGAAUGAUGACUCGUCAGUAAAAGCUGACGUUGACGAAAAUGAAGCUGACGAUAAUGACUUGGCUACUGGAGGACUUGACUCAGGUGUAGUAGAAGAACAAGUUGAAGAAGUAGCUUAAGAUUUAAUAAAAGUUGUUGUUAGGGUGAGCUGAUGAAUUUUAUAUUUUUUUGACGUGUCUUUUUUUAAAGGUCGUGUAUAAAAUAAAUCCGUUUCAAAAUGCA